CGUCGUUUAGUAUAUUUAUAGGUAGUCUACUGCACUACUACCAGACUACAACCAUUAUCGUCGUCGUCGUCGUUAUUAUUAUUAUUAUUAUUAUUAUUAUUAUCGUUAUUGUUCCUGUCACGCACGCGACCGCCGCCGACGUUGACCACGCGCUGCACAGUACGUAUCAGUUGCUGCAGCCAGUAUCCGUUCGGUUACCGAUUUGAACGCGCACGCGCGAUAGUGUCCACCGCAUCGCCACCGAUUCGUUAUUUCAUAACUUAUCGUUCAUUUUUUUUCACCUCCGCCCGAAUAUGUAUCAGCACACCCGACUCGCGCAGUGAAUCCUUGCUAUUCGGUAAUCCGCCAGUUCAACCGAGUGCCGUGCGUGCGUCUCCAUUUGACGAUAGACGAGAUGUGCGGCUUGUAAUAUUAAUCACAAUAAAUCGUGUACCGCGGAAAAUAAGAUCAACAGAUUUUCCGGACCGGCCGACCACAUGAUACGUGCCCACGUCGUACCUACAUAACCGGUGAAAACAUAAACGUUCUUGCUAUCUUUCGUACACGUUAAAUCGCCCCAACAUCAGAAUGCUCAGAAGUGACGGAGGACCAAUGUUCUAUGGUUAUAGCAACCGUACUCCUGUUACUGGUGAUGUUCAAAUGAUAACGACUUGUCUGGUAUUUGGAACGCUUUACACAGCUUUUCUCAUAAUUUUUCCGGGAGUUCGCAAAGAAAGGUUCACCACCUUCACAACUGUCACCUUGAGUUUGUUCGUCGGAAACGUCAUAUUGUUGUCAAUAUUGGGUUCAAGUUGGCACGUAGCUGAAACUGUGAUAACAAGUUCUUAUCGAGCACUUUCCAAAGAACUGAUUACCGCAGAGCUCGGAGCCUACGUUGGACUUGGUCACAUCAACAUAACUCUUAGUGCUGUGCCAGUUGAUAAUUCUUCGUUGCCAUUAGAAGAUAUUAGUUUCAAUGAGCGUUUCUCUUGGCUAGGAGCUCAUGAGAUGGGCGAAAGUUACCAAGCUGCUCUGUACAGAGGUCUCCCUUUCCCUAUACUAACUGUAGCUGAGUACUUCAGUUUAGGCCAAGAAGGGUUUGCUUGGGGAGGUCAAUAUAGAGCUGCGGGUUAUUACGGAAGCAUAUUUUUAUGGACAGCGUUUGUGUUAUGGUUCCUAAUGAAUGUGCUGCUGAUUGUCGUUCCUCGGUACGGAGCGUAUACCAUGAUUGGCACCGGAAGUUUUAUGGUCGGAGCCACUGUCGCAUAUCACUGUAUGCUACCAUGGACUCCUCUAGUCAUACGUUUUCAAGACGAUAAAUUUUUACUGUUUAGACUUGGUUGGUGUUUUUGGUUAACGCUUUUCACAGGUUUAUUGAGUAUUGCUGUGGGAACGGUGGUUGUAGCCAUCGAUUGUGUCUAUCCACACAAGUUUUCUACUAUCCUCGAAGUCGACUUCGACACACCGUAUGAUCGACAUAUCAUAAUCGAAGACAGCAUUCACCGGAAAAAACGGGUUGGAAAAAGCUUAGAAGAGCCCGAAGGUCUCGGUCGUAGGAUACUAAGACGACUUUCGUCGAAAAAAGAUGAUGACGUCAACAAUCAUAUGAAACUCGCCGGCACGGAUAACCGUGGAUACGAAUUGGAUGCUCAGCCUCCGAAUUCACCGUGGAGAUUUCCGUACAACAGACCUGCUGUGCAAGGAGUAAAAUUUAAUAGAAGCAUAUCACAAGACUCGAUGACUAGCCAAACAUCGAAUAUGGCAGUUUCUUAUAACAACCACGAUAAGAGUAGGCUUUCCAUAUUGAAAAUGUCUUCACAGGGUAAAAGACAUCCGCCAGGACAUUCUGUUGUGGUAGAUAGAGCUAGAGAAGUGUCCAUGUGGUAAAUCUACAA